CCGAGAGUAGCGCCUUGUAAGGUGACAGCUCCGCAGGGCAGGUCAGGUCUCAUCAUGGUGGAGCAGCUCCGGCGGGAUUUCGCGCCCCCACAGGUCGAUGUAGAGGAGGCAGCACGGUCCAUGGAGGCGUUCUCCCGGGGACAGAGCUCGGAGGGGCGGCGGGUGGUGCUCAUCACCUCGGGGGGCACGAAGGUCCCUCUGGAGUCCCGCACCGUGCGAUUCCUGGAUAACUUCAGCAGCGGCCGGAGAGGAGCCGCCUCAGCCGAGUACUUCCUCCGGGCCGGCUACGCCGUCAUCUUCCUGCACCGGCACCGCUCCCUCUUCCCGUACUGCCGCCGCUACAGCAACCAGAACUGGCUGGACAGUCUCCGCCUACUGCCCGCCCCCGCGGGGGAGGAGCCCCGGGUGGAGGCGGAGCCGAGCUCUCUACCCGGCAUAGUGCGAGUCCUGGAGGAGUAUGAGAGGGUGAAGGGGGCGGGGCUAAUGAUGAGCCUGGAGUACCACACCCUCUCCGACUACCUGCACCUCCUACUGGCCGCCGCCAGGGCACUCAGUCCGCUAGGAUCGAACGCCAUGUUCUACUUGGCUGCAGCAGUGUCAGACUUCUACAUCCCAGCAUCAGAGAUGCCAGAACAUAAAAUCCAGUCCUCUAGUGGUCCUCUGCAGAUUACAAUGAAGAUGGUUCCUAAAAUGCUCUCGCCAUUGGUGAAAGACUGGGCCCCCAAAGCCUUUGUCAUUUCUUUUAAACUGGAAACCGACCCGGAGAUAUUAAUCGAGAGAGCUCGGAAAGCCCUGGAAACCUACCGCCACCAGGUUGUGGUGGCCAACGUGCUGGAUACGCUGAGAUCCUACGUAAUGGUCGUGACCAACACAGAAGACACCAAGCUUUUUGUAUCCGACGAAGAGGAGAGCUUGGGUAUAGAGAUCGAGGAUAAGAUCAUCAAUGACUUGACUGCACGGCAUAAAAAUUUCAUUGAGCAGACCGAUUCGUACUCCAAAUUCAGUCAAGCGCUGUGAUGACUCUCCAUGGGUCAGGGCACUCUAGUACUACUUCUGAAGAUCAGAAAAGGCCGUUGUAUAGGAUGAUGUGCCAUGCAACACCCUCACAAACUUUUCUUGGCCAUUCCGUCCAUGGUGAGGCAUCUGUACCCGGUAUACUGCUUGCCAGUUGCUGGAAAGCACAGCAAGUCUCUACUAAUUUACCCAACAGGUGAGAGGUGGCACUGGGACCAGCAGGGGAGAGAAAUCAAGUUCUCGUAGACAGUCCGAUCAGCCAAAUCUGGUCUUCGCAACUACAUUAAUGUCUGUUUAUUCAUACUGCUGUAUGCAAUGUAAAUAUUAAAACUGAGAUAUCAAAAUCUGUA